AUGACGACUGUUGGAGGACAGCAAGAAGAGAUUAACACAAAGUUGUACAACGUUCCUAUCAGAUCCUUGGAGAACAACAGUGUAUUCACAGUCAACGCAGUGGGAAUUCCGUGUAUAAGUGACGACAUUACUGAAGUCGAAGUGGAAGAACUGGCUAAGCAUCUCGGGUUAGGAAAGAAUGUGUUAUAUCGUAGAAGUGGGAAACUUGAUAUGUUAAUUGGUAUUGAUCACGCAACCAUGCACACUGGUGAGAUAAAACAAGUUGGUAAUCUGGUUGCUCGUCAUUCCCCAUUAGGCUGGUUGGUUUUCGGAGCAACACACAGUAAGCCAGCAGCAGACAACAAAGUGCUAAAGGUCGGAGUAUCUACACCUGUUGAAAUGAAUGAAUUUUGGUCAACUGAAUCUAUGGGUGUCGAAGUGAGACCAUGUCGUUGUGAUGGUGAGAAGCUGAGCCGAGUAGAACGGGAAGAAGCAAAAAUAAUUGAAGAUUCGUGUAAGAAAUCUGGUAAUCGGUGGAUCGUACCGUAUCCUUGGAAACGUGACCCGUUGAUGCUUCCAAAUAACAAGGAACAAGCCACUAGAUGGUUGGAGGCAAUGGAAAGACAAUUGAGCAAGAACCCAGAGCACGCUAAGGCAUACAAUUCGCAGAUGAAAUAAAUGGAAGAUUUGAAGUUUUCUCGAAAGAUUACCCAAGAAGAAGAAAGACAGUACACUGGCCCUGUGCAUUACAUCGCACACCAUGCUGUCGUUAGACCAGAGAAGAAGAGUACUCCAUUGAGGAUUGUGUACAAUUCAUUAUCGAGUUACAAAGGUCAUAGAUUGAACGAUUACUGGCUGAAAGGCCCGGAUUUGUUAAACAACCUGUUGGGAGUAAUACUUCGUUUCCGCGAGGAACCAGUGGCCGUCAAUGGGGACAUUUCAAAGAUGUAUCACCAGAUAGGUAUACCUGAAGUUGAUCAACAUGUGCACCGGUUUUUAUGGAGGGACAUGGAGGUCAAUCGUGAGCCGGACACCUAUGCAUGUCAAGACUGUACUCACAUUUGGAGAUAAACCAGCUCCUGCAAUGGCGCAAAUCGCAUUGAGGAAAACUGCAGACGAGAAUCAAGAUUCCUAUCCAGAAGCAACAAUUCCUCUGAAGAAGAACUCAUAUAUGGAUGACAUUUGUGAUUCGGUAAAGACAGUGGUGCAAGCGAAGAAGUUGACGAAAGAUCUUGACAAAGUUUCGGAAACAGGAGGAUUCCAAGUUAAAUUUUGGGUUUCAAAUGAAGAUCUAAAAGAUGGUGAAUCAGUGAAAGAAGACGACGCAGUAAAGCUUCUUCAAGGAGAAGGUACAGAAAAGGUUCUUGGCGUCGCAUGGAACAGCAAAACAGACAAUUUAACAUUUAAGAUUGGCGCUGACAUUCUGGAAAAGACAUCUGCAGAAGAGAUAAAGCUUACGAAGAGAUCAAUACUAAGCUAUAUUGCCCGUAUUUACGACCCCAUCGGUAUUGCUGCUGCGUUUAUAAUAAGAGCUAAGAUAGGAAUGCAACGUUUAUGGCAAUUGGGACUCGGUUGGGACGAUGAUCUGCCUACCGAAGUGUGUAACGAAUGGAUGACAAUGUUUGAUCAAUUCAGAAAGUUAAAUGAAGUUAUCUUUCCUCGAAGCCUGACACCUACCGAAGUUAUUGGAGCUGCAAUUCUGUGCAUAUUUUCUGAUGCCUCAAAAGACGCAUUUUGGACGUGCGCGUAUGUGCGAUGGGAGGUUAGUAUGGAAAAGUUUGAUGUCCGUUACCUUGCAGCGAAGUCAAGGAUGGAUUCGAAGUGAGUCGCGUGCAUUUAAACCCUUUGUGUCUGUCAGAGUCGGAGAAAUACAAAAUAACAGCGAUCCUUGCCAGUGGCGACACAUCCCAGGUGAAAUUAACGUAGCUGAUGAUGUUUCCCGCGGCAUACAAGUGGAACAAUUAGAAGGACGGUGGCAACGUGGCCCAGAUUUCUUGUACCUGCCUGAAAGUGAAUGGCCUCAUGGGACAACUGAUUACAAGGAAAAAGCCAAAGAUGUCGAAGUGAUAACGUCAUCAGAGUACAGGAAGGCGUUUGCCGUAAAUGCUACGACAGAAUCUACGGAAAAGAUCAUUGAUUACAGGAAUUUUUCUGAGUGGAGAAAGUUAAUUAGAGUCACCGCGUAUGUUCUGCGAUUUCUCAAGAGUCUGAAAGGCAAGUGUGAAGCUAAAGGAAAAGAAGAAUCUCCAAUUGAUACAAGAUGCGAUGCACUGUCAUCUGAUGAGUUAAAUGGAUUUUGGUAUACCAAUCUUCCAACUGUCCUACAUACACUCCACCCACCAGCGAUCGUCCCGUAG